AUGUGGAGCCCAGCGACCGAGCAGGUAGUGGUGAACGGCGGUACCGUGGGGACUUCCAACGGCCAAAUUCAUAGGGUGUGUCUGACUUUGCCAGACAAUUGGACGAGCGAAGACAAGCGGCGGACGCAGGCAGUGGCCAGCAAUCAACGACCAUGCUUGACCAUAGACGGAUAUUACGGCACGACGCUCGAGAAAGUCGGUCUUCAAGUAUGGAAGGGAUCGCUGCUGUUGUCCGAACUUGCUUUCGCACGUCGCCAGUGCCUGAGCUGUGAGACAGUUCUGGAAUUAGGAUGUGGCGUCGGCAUGGCUGCCAUCGCUCUCGCCAUUAAUGGCGCCAAUGUUUUUGCAACUGAUUACGACUCUGAAGUGCUGGAGUUUUGUACAAGAAACAUCGAGAAGAACGCCUCGCUGUUCGACCCCGGUAACAUCCGCGUCAGGCGGUUGAACUGGCGCACGUUCGAUCCGGCCAAGCGGCCUGAGGCCACCGACCACUUUGACUUCACCGAAGACGAAUGGACUAAGAUGAUAAACUGUAAAUUUAUUUGUGCUGCCGAUGCUCUUUACGACUUUAAAUUGAACGAAGCGUUGUUUAGUGUUAUCACCGAAUUGUGCAAAUUCGGAAAGAAGACGAUCUACUUCUCGCUUGAGAAAAGAUUGGUGUUCACUGCCCAUUCGCUUGGCGUUUCCAGUCCAUUUUAUGAGCACUUCGAAGAAUGGAUAUGGGAUAUGAAGGAGAAAGGGUGGCAUGCCGAAAAAAUGAACCUCGACCUCAUUCCCAAGAUCUGGAUGCCUAGUCGUAGUAGUCUUAUGAUUGAUUGUUUAAUUGCUAACUUUUUCGAAGUCUUUGCCAUUAACACUCGAAUGUGUUUUUGGGACUACUGCUCGUUGUGCAUCCAUUAUGGAGACGUUCAUGUCCAAUUCAGUGACGCUAGAUUCUUUUAG